ACCGGCGGCGUCGGGGGUGGGGGGAUAGCGGCAGCAGCAACCCAGCCCUCGGAGACAGCAGGAAGGGUGGGAGGGAGCUGGGGGCCAGCCCCCACCAUUCCUGCCGCCAUGGGCCCUGCCUCCCACUCUCGCCUCCCCUCCACCGGCCGGGGCUAGGAUACCCCCAAGCCCGUCGCCCCCUUGGCGCCGACACCCCGAACGAGGCAGAGACACAGCCGCCCGCCGCCUCCGCUGCCGCAGCCUGGCCGGGGAGGGGGCCGGCCCCCCAGGCUCCCCUCCCCACUGAGGUGACCAGCAUGGACCUGUGGCCGGGGGCAUGGACCGUGCUGCUGCUGCUCUUCCUGCUGCUGCUCUUCCUGCUGCCCACGCUGUGGUUCUGCAGCCCCAGUGCCAAGUACUUCUUCAAGAUGGCCUUCUACAACGGCUGGAUCCUCUUCCUGGCCGUGCUCGCCAUCCCCGUGUGCGCCGUGCGAGGACGCAACGUCGAGAACAUGAAGAUCUUGCGUCUGAUGCUGCUCCACAUCAAGUACCUGUACGGGAUCCGAGUGGAGGUCCGAGGGGCUCACCACUUCCCUCCCUCCCAGCCCUACGUCGUGGUCUCCAACCACCAGAGCUCCCUCGACCUGCUUGGGAUGAUGGAGGUACUACCCGGCCGCUGUGUGCCCAUCGCCAAGCGGGAGCUGCUGUGGGCUGGCUCUGCCGGGCUGGCCUGCUGGCUGGCCGGCGUCAUCUUCAUCGACCGGAAGCGCACCGGGGACGCCAUCAGCGUCAUGUCUGAGGUGGCCCAGACCCUGCUCACCCAGGACGUGCGGGUCUGGGUUUUCCCCGAGGGCACGAGAAACCACAACGGCUCCAUGCUGCCCUUCAAGCGCGGCGCCUUCCACCUCGCAGUGCAGGCCCAGGUCCCCAUCGUCCCCAUCGUCAUGUCCUCCUACCAAGACUUCUACUGCAAAAAGGAGCGCCGCUUCACGUCGGGGCGAUGUCAGGUCCGGGUGCUGCCCCCAGUGCCCACCGAAGGGCUGACACCAGAUGACGUCCCAGCUCUGGCCGACAGGGUCCGGCAUUCCAUGCUCACCAUUUUCCGGGAAAUCUCCACCGAUGGCAGGGGUGGUGGCGACUAUCUGAAGAAACCCGGAGUCGGCGAGGCCCGGCUCUGAGUCCCCUCCGCCCCACACCUGCCAGCCAGUGGGUUCGGAAGCAGGAUCAAGCCCUCUUCCUCGUCCCCCCGCCCUGCUCCGUCUCCUCCUGGGAGUCUUCAGCUUCGGAAGCGAAUGUCGGCCCCUGCCCAGCUCCCCGUGGACUCUCUUGCCUCGGUGCAGCCUCCACUCUGACCCCGCCUCCUGGCCAUGAGUCCUGGGACAGCUGCCCCCCUCCAGUGCUCACCUCACACAGCGGGAGCACUCCAUCCUGCCGGGUGGACCUCCUUCUCUGGUCCCCCGCCCCCGACAUUGGCCAGUGGACUCUUCCAUUCCGUGGAAGUCCCCCACCUCCACGCCCGUGGAUUCCGUGGACUCGUUGUCUGUGAGGAGGACUCCAUGCUGUGCCUGGAACACCUCCGGCUCCUGGGACACUCCUCAGCGACUUGCCCCUGCCUCCGCAGCGACUCCGCCGGUGGGCUGGACUCCUCACCCCAAGGUCUCAUUCCUGCCCGCCCGGUGCCCAGGACCGAGCACACUCCUGGGUGCCAGUUUGGUCUUCACAUUUCUGCUUCCCCUGUUCCCGUGCCGGCCCUCUACCCCCCUCCCCCCAGCCCUGGCACAUUCUGAAGAGACGGGAGUGGCUGCAGGCCGCCCCGGGCUCCGGGCUCCGGGGCUGGGGAAGCCCUGGCCCUGCUGGAGUGGAGGGGAGGGCUCUUAAUUUAUUUCUCUUUCUUUGGAGGUUUCCCCUUUGAGCCAGUUUUCAUUUCCUCCCUGUGGCAUUACCUCCCCGCCUCCCAUCCCAGACCUGCCUACAACAGGGAGGGGCUGGGAGCAAAGGAGGGGGGGACUCCGUUUUUCAUGUUGGUUUUUAUUAUCUGGAAAACAGCAAGAAACCAAGAAUAAAGAUUGAGCGAGAUCUGGA